AUGUCAUCGUUAGUGGACGAUAUUUGUGAACUAUUAGAUAGUUAUAACGGGCGCGACAAGGUUGUCCGUCUCGCAUGCUAUGCUUGCAAAUUGUAUGGUUGUGUACAAGGGGAGAAGGCAUGGCAGGCAGCUGGCUCCCGACUUUCCAGUGCUAGAUUGAUGCUCCGACUAUUCGAUGAUAUACCUAUGAUUAGACACACAUAUAAUUAUGGCUUUGGGAGACAUGAAUCUACAAAAAUUGCAGCCUUCCUAGGGGUGCUUGCAAAUAUGGUCGACCAAGUCUUUCUACCAGUUGAAAAAGCAUGUUGGCUCAAUGAAGUGGGCGUUCUCAAGCUAUCAACAGUGACAGCGGACAGACUUGAAAUAUUAAGCACAGCGCUAUGGGCAGCAAGUUUAUAUAUAUCAUUAAUACAAACAAUCCGUUCAAUUCGACACAGCUGGUGGAGUAGAGAUUGCCUCAGCGCAGACGACGCUUGCGAGGCGAGAAAGAAUCUCGACACCAGACUUAUGAUCCAAGCGGUCACAGCCGGGAAACUGUGUCUUGAUAUCACACACGCAGUCAGCUGCCUUCCUUCUGGUUGUUUGUGGGGGGAGAAAAUUGGGGGUACAAAAGUAUCGGCGAUAGCUACUGUAUCGUCUGUCAUUGGUAUAGCGUUAUACUUCGCUAGGAAACGACUUCUAAAGUAAUAAAUAUCAUAGGAAUCUA